UGUAAAAAGCUAUAAUACAGUUUCUAUAAGAAGCUGAAUUUGCAGAAGAGUAUGCAGUGCUUGUUUUCGUUCAUUAGUGAUAAUAGUUCGAGGCACCUCGGCUGUCCUUGCGAUCAUGGGAAGGGCCGCCUCAUUGAUAGCCUCAGCAUCUACAAGAAGGCUAGAAGGCAAAGUGGCAUUAAUCACUGGAGGAUCCAGAGGCAUCGGGGAAUCCACUGCAAGACUCUUCUCCAAGCAUGGGGCUAAAGUACUGAUUGCAGAUAUCAAAGAUGACUUAGGUCAAUCUUUAUGCAAAGACGUUGAUUCCGUCGGAGGGACGGCCUCUUUUGUCCAUUGUGAUGUGACCAAAGAAGAAGAUAUUGAAAAUGCUGUUAACACAGCAGUUUCCAAUUAUGGAAAGCUAGAUAUCAUGUUCAAUAACGCUGGUACAAUCGAUCAACCAAAACCAUCUAUACUCGACAAUACCAAGUCUGAUUUCGAGAAGAUCCUGAGUAUUAACGUAAUAGGGGCAUUUCUAGGCACUAAACAUGCAGCUCGAGUGAUGAUCCCUGCUCAUCAGGGAAGCAUAAUAACAACGGCAAGUGUUUGUGCAAGAAUCGGAGGAGCUGCAACACAUGCUUAUACAAGUUCAAAGCACGGCGUGGUAGGGCUGAUGAGAAAUACUGCUGUAGAGCUUGGACAGUAUGGCAUUCGGGUAAAUUGUGUGUCACCUUACUUGGUUCCAACUCCACUGGCGAAUGCUUUCCUCAAAAUGGAUGAUGAGGCAAAGCUUGUUUUCUAUCGCUAUCUUAAUGGGGCUAUUCUUAAACCAGAAGAUGUGGCUGAAGCCGCUCUCUUUUUGGGAAGUGAUGAGUCCAAAUACGUGAGUGGACAUGACUUGGUUGUUGAUGGAGGCUUUACUAUUGUAAAUCCAGAUUUUUGUAUGUUUCAAACAUAUGAUAAAUAGUACUUCUUGUUAAGGAGAGCUCUAAGGAGGACAUAUAAAUCUUUCUAUUAAUUAACUUCUUUAUCACCUA